UCGUUCAGCCAGUGCUCGCGCCAGUUUUUUUUUCUCCGUCGAAACGUUUUUUUUUUUUGUAUAUAUUAAAAAACUUAAAUUCCUUAGGUUAUCAGUUAUCAUCACAUUAACUGCGAACUGCUAUCAGAUUUUCAGAAGCAUUUAUUGAGUGUUUUCUCCUUCAAAUUUGACAAACCGAAAUGCUGGGGGAUGGAGAAAAUACCCCUUCCAGGCAUGAAUUGUUGAGUAUGGUGAAGAAGCACUCCACCCUCAUAGGAAAAGGUACCCUCGACGAUCGAGAUGCUUCAGAUGUUGAAAUGGAUGGCCGCUUUUGGUAUGAUAUGUUAGAUUUGUACUUUAUCCGUGGUAAGGAGUCAAGGGGACGGCAGGAUGAUGAUCUAGUAUUUUUUGUCGGAAAAAUGGGCACAGAAGGAUAUGGUUUCAAUGAUAAUGUGCAGGGCCCUCCUCCUUACUUUGUACGCCGGUGGGCACCUAAGUUGGAGAGUUUGGUCAGUGAAAAUUCAGAUGGGGUAGAUUGGAGGCGCUCAUUUUACUUGAAUUUAAUUGCACACACUUCUUUCACAGUGACAGUAGCAAUUUGCAGUCAUCAGGUCCUUCGCAAUUAUCAAGCUGGGCAAGAUACACCAUUAUCUCCCAUAUACAAGGUUGUAAAGACAGUUUAUGCAUCACCAAGUCGUGUAGAUUUUCAUUUGGACUCCAAAAAGGAAGUAGAGACAACUCCUGCCUAUCCAGAUAUCUGUUUUGCAGUUGAUGAUUUUGACUCCACUUUUGAUGCUGUGGUCUUGACAGAAACGGACCACUGUUACUGUGUACUUCUCAAUGCACAUGAUGGGGCAGCAUUUCCAAGUGAAAAAGAGUCACCUGAUAACAGUUUCAGUGGUGAUACCCCUCUUAAAGUUGAUAGUAAUUCUGGGAAGACUAAGAAUUCUAAGCUCACUCUUUUCUCUGGGUUCGUAAACUAUCAAAUGGUUCGAGAAGCAUAUGAUGCUGGAAAGUCUCGAUUCGGGAGUCUCCUUUCACUUGGUCAUUCCCCUGGCAAAACAGAUAAACUGUACAUGAAGGGCCCAGGUGGACGAGGGGAGGUUGAAGUUGCUGUUUCUGGGGUUGCAGAUCAAAGUCAGCAGGAUUUUGGCCCUUUUUCGCCAGUUACAUCGAAGAGAGGAUUUGGAAUUGGCUCAAUUGUUCAAAAAGCUGCAUCUGUUGCAUCUGUGGCAGCAAAGCAUGCCUAUGCAGCUGCUGCUGCCUCCACAAGUUCUCAUGAUGAGAUGUUGCCCCUUAAAUGCUGCUUGAUGUCUGUAUCAUUGCCCUGGGAACAUAUUGCUUAUGAUCUUUUGUUUAAGGGAAGUCCUCCGGUGAACUUGUGAACAUCUUAAAACAUCUCUCACCUAAAAUUGCAAAGCAGGUGUGCAAAGUGUGGAAGAAAACAAUCAGUGAAAGCGACAACAGUAGCCAGCAUUGCACAACUCUUAUGUAAACAAAGCUGUACAUUAAAGUUCUUCCUGUCUUUCAGCAUUUUUGGUGUCGGGUUGAGUCUCACUGGGCUCUGUAGGAAAUAUUGUAUGUUUUCCAUAACAAAGCAAAUUAAAUGUUGGUGUUAGCUCAUUGGUAUCAGGUACAGUGUUCCGUAGGCUCAAUUUUCUUCAAUUCCCCCCCAAUGUUGAAUGUCGACAUAACAUUAUCUUUCUAUCACAUGCCAGAUCAACUUCUAGUGCA